GGCCCAACCGGCUGGCACUAGGUGGCGGCAGCAGCGGUGCGGACGCUGGGCCGCGGGAGUCGCGAGUCUCCGAGACGGACGGCGGCCUCGGCCUCGCCAUGGUGGGCUCUCCGGGGGAGGUGGGGGACGGUUUGGCGCUGUAAGCGCGGCCUCGGACGUCGAGCUGUCAGCCAGGGCUUGGCGGCGGUGCUGAGCCGCGGCCGCCAUGAGCUCGGCCGAGCAGACGGUGACCUGGCUCAUCAGCCUCGGGGUGCUCGAGUCCCCCAAGAAAAGUGUGUCGGACCCCGAGGCCUUCUUGCGGGCUGCGCUCCGGGACGGCGUAGCCUUGUGUCGGUUGCUGGAGAGGCUGGUGCCGGGCUCGGUGCAGCGGAUACACCAGGAACCCAAAUCAGAGGCGGAAUGUCUGAAUAACAUCAAAGAGUUUCUGAAAGCCUGCGGGGCACUUCGAGUCGAGACUUUUGAUGCCAAUGAUCUUUAUCAAGGACUGAACUUCAACAAGGUUCUAAGUUCCCUGGUCACCUUGAAUAAAGUAACAGCAGAUAUUGGUGUUGGAAGUGAUUCGGUAUGUGCACGUCACCAAUCCCAUCAAAUAAAGUCAGCUGAUUCUUUCACUGGAGUCCACUUGUCACUUGGAAGAACUUCCAAAAAUUUUCCUGGAAAGUAUCGAAGUUUAGACAUGUCAGAUAACAGCAAACAUCAUAUGGUGGUGAAAGCAAAAUUCAAUUUCUAUCAGACCAAUGAGGAUGAACUCUGCUUUAACAAGGGCGAUGUCAUCCAUGUGACCAGAAUCGAGGAAGGGGGCUGGUGGGAAGGAACACUCAAUGGGAAAAAUGGGUGGUUUCCCAGCAACUAUGUGAGAGAAAUCAAAUUGAGUGAAAAACCAGCCUCUCCAAAGUCAGCAACUUUGAAAAGUUCACCCAAAGGAUUUGAAACUCCUCCUGUUAGUAAAAGCUACUACAAUGUGGUGCUGCAGAAUAUUCUUGACACAGAGUGUGAUUAUGCAGAGGAACUAACGAUGCUUCUGUCAACUUUCCUGCGACCUUUACAAGCCAGCGACAAGCUAAGUGUUGCUGAAGUCACAUCCUUGAUGGGAAAUCUGGAGGACAUCUGCUCUUUCCAGCAGAGUCUUGUUCAGUCUUUAGAAGAUUGUACCAAGUUACCCGAAUCCCAGCAGAAAGUCGGUGGCUGCUUCGCAAACCUGAUGUCUCAGAUGAAAAGUCUGUACCUUGCAUAUUGUGCCAACCAUCCCUGGGCUGUGAAUGUCCUCACAGAGCACAGUGAGGAACUGGGGGAGUUUAUGGAAAUGAAAGGAGCAACCAGUCCUGGGAUCCUCAUGCUUACCACCAGCUUGAGCAAACCUUUCAUGAGAUUGGACAAAUACCCGACUCUGCUGAAGGAACUGGAGCGUCACAUGGAGGAAUCCCACCCAGACUGGCCUGACAUUCAGAGAGCUAUGACUGCAUUCAAAAGUCUUUCGUCUCAGUGUCAAGAAGUCCGGAAGAGAAAGGAGUUGGAACUACAGAUCCUGACAGAAACAGUCCAUGGUUGGGAGGGAGAAGAUAUUCGAUCCCUGGGCAACGUCAUUUACAUGUCCCAGGUCAUGGUACAGAGCGGUAACGAGGAGAAAUGUGAGAGGUAUUUUCUCCUGUUUCCAUACGUCCUUCUCAUGCUCUCUGCCAGUCCCAGGAUGAGUGGUUUCAUUUAUCAGGGGAAAUUACCAUUAACAGGAUUAACCGUCACAAAGUUAGAGGACAGUGAUGAGAACAAGAACAGCUUUGAAAUUACUGGAAGUAUGAUUGAACGGAUUUUGGUGUCGUGCUCGAACCACCAGGAUAUGCAGGAAUGGGCAGACCAUCUGCAGAAGCAAACAAAAGCCCCAAGUGUGGGAGUUGUGAGGCAGCAGUCUAUGCCAUGUCACACACUUCCAUUGCACCCUGUGACGCCACUCAACAAGCAUUCUGAUGGGUAUCCGAUCUCCGUGACUCCACCCUACCAUACCCUUCCUCAUCCUUCCCUGCAUGGGACAUCCCACAGCACGCUGAGCUGGGGACCUCUGGAACCCCCCAAGAUGCCAAAGCCGUGGACCUUGAGUUGCCUCCGGCCAGCAGCCCCAUUGAAACCUUCUGCCGCUCUUUGUUACAAGGAGGACCUCAGCAGGAGCCCUAAAACCAUGAAGAAGCUGCUUCCCAAACGGAAACCAGAGAGGAAACCCUCUGAUGAGGAGUUUGCACUGAGGAAAAGGUUUUAUCUUUAUUACCCAGGCACAGCAGCUCUUGAAGAAGAUGCACAAAUAUUGAAAGUUAUUGAAGCUUACUGCACUAGUGCCAAAACCCGUCAGACUCUGAACUCAACAUGGCAGGGGACUGACUUGAUGCACAAUCAUGUCCUGAGUGACGAUGACCUGUCAAGCCUGGACUCGGCUCGCCGCAGCAGCCUCUCCCGCCUCGAACCUGCUGACCUGUCCGAGGAUUCUGAUUAUGACAGUAUAUGGCUGGCCCACAGUUACCGAACGGCCUCAACCUCUCGUAAAAGCUGCUUGAGCCGUAAAGAAUCUGCACCUCAGGUUUUGCUGCCAGAAGAGGAGAAGAUGAUUGUGGAAGAAACCAACAGCAAUGGGCAAACGAUCAUCGAAGAAAAGACCCUUGUGGACACAGUUUAUGCAUUAAAGGACGAGAUGCUUGAACUGAAACAGGAAAGCAAGAAGAUGUGGUGUUCUUUGGAAGAGGAGCAGAGAGCUCGCAAGGAACUGGAGAAGCUCAUUAGAAAAGUUCUAAAGAAUAGGAACGAAUUUUCUUGGGAUGAAACUAACUUAUAAUAAUCUAUCGCGCCAGAAAUGGUCAUAUCUACCUGGGAAUUGGUUCAUGUAAUUAGCAAUCAAGCACUUGACCUAUUCCCCUGUCAUUGGCCUAUCUGGUGUUACAGUACAAACAUUGACUGGAGUAUUUUAAUAAUUUAAAUAUCUUUAGUAGGCUGGAGAUUGCCUUGUGGAGGUGUCAAGCUUUGAGGCUGAACCCUGCACUUCUGUUACUGCAUCGGGUGACUCAUGCUCCCAGGAUAGAAGCCAGCGGACAGUGGCUUUCUGGCUGAUUUGCCCACUGGGGCUGCUGUAUUAAAGAGAGCCUAGGACAAGAACCUUCGGUGGAGACCAGUCUGCAGGAGUGUGUUCAGAGUGUUUGGAGGUCGGAUCCUGACUGCAAGUGGUGCAUUGUUUUAACAACUGACAUUCCAAUGGAACUUCAAACCUGGGCUCAUGGGAUCUGGGUGAUGGUGUUAUGCUUUGAAGUUUCCUUUCCCAUUCUCAGCUUAGUAAUGGUGCAGAGCCCGAUUGUGAAUCAAUUCUGGUAUCUGGUAAAAGUAGACUCUGUGCUGGUCAGUGUUGGGAGUGAACUGUUAGUUCGCACACUGAUUGUGUUGACGAAGGAAUGGAUCCAGCUUUUUAUUUUGUGUUUAAUUUUGGAGCUGUCUAACUCUGUAAUUCCUGCUUUCCCAUGGAAUGUGCUGGGAGUUGUGCUCUUACAAAGAGCUCCCCUGGAAGGAACGAGAUCAGGAAACACUCAGCUCUCCCGACAAAUGAGGUUUUGCCUUGGAUAUUUUCUGAAAUCUGCUCCCUAUUGGUAUUGAACCACACUGGCCGGAUUCGCACUACAAUAGCCUCUAAAAUAUCCCAUUUACCAGCUCCUGGUGCCAUGGGUGAUAAUUUACACUAAGACCUAACUGGAAAAAUAAAGGUGGUUUUAAGUUUU